AUGGCGGACGAACCUCGACCCCGACUCUCACCUAUUCACACUCGAAACCUCAGCACCGUCACCGUCGAUUCGGACAGUUCAGAUAGUUCUCCCGGCCCCGGGGAUGAUGAAGAUACGGAUUAUUUUAUGGCGCAUGCCAACGACUCGCAGUCCUCAAUCGGUGCCAUCACAGCCAUUCGGGAUUGCGACGAUGAUGUUGACCUGGAACAAGUCCACCGCCUCUCCCCGAUAUCCAAGUUACCUCCCGAAAUCCUUAUCGCGAUUCUCACCAAAUUAACAACCACGGCAGACCUUCGAAGUUGCAUGUUGGUAUCCUAUCACUGGGCUUUGUACACGGUUGGGAUACUGUGGCACAGACCUCUUUGCAAUAAAUGGUCGAAUUUACUGAACGUCGUGGAAGCAUUGGGGAAAGGAGACAAGAGCUAUUUUCCGUACCACGAGAUGGUCAAGAGAUUGAACCUAUCGGCCCUCGCAGACAAGAUCAGUGACGGAACGGUUCAGCCGUUUAUGAAUUGCAAAGGCAUCGAACGCCUCACCCUGACCAACUGCUCAAGCUUGACGGAUUUCGGUGUCGCCGGACUGGUUGACGGAAGUAAGAAACUGCAGGCAUUGGACGUCACGGAUUUGGAUGCUCUGACUGAUCGAACAUUGCAUGUGGUGGCGGAAAACUGUGCCAAACUCCAAGGUCUCAACAUUACCAACUGCUCCAACGUGACCGACGAAUCCUUGGUGGAGAUUGCGGAACACUGCCGACAACUAAAACGACUCAAACUCAACGGUGUGGUACGGGCCACCGAUGUUUCCGUCACUGCUGUCGCCAAAAGCUGCCGCUCAAUAUUGGAGAUUGACCUGGCUGGCUGCCACGCGAUCACUUCGGAAUCCGUGACCGCCCUUCUCUCGCAUCUGUCUCAUCUUCGGGAGCUCCGCCUGGCGCAUUGCAUUGACAUCAACAAUUCGGCUUUCACCAACCUUCCUCCAAGACUAUCCUUUGACGCUCUGCGCAUUUUGGACCUCACUGCCUGCGAGCAAGUUCGAGACGAGGCGAUUGCGAGGAUUAUUCCGGCGGCGCCGCGAUUGAGAAACCUGGUAUUGGCGAAAUGCAGGCAUAUCACAGAUCGAGCAGUUACAUCCAUCUGCAAAUUGACCAAAAACUUGCAUUACAUUCACCUUGGUCAUUGCAUAAACUUGACGGACAAUGCCGUCAUUCAGCUGGUGAAAGCCUGCAAUCGAAUUAGAUAUAUCGACCUGGCAUGCUGUUCUCGAUUGACGGAUGCAAGUGUUCGUCAUUUAGCACAACUACCCAAGUUGCGGAGAAUCGGUCUGGUCAAAUGCCAAAAUUUGACCGAUUCCAGUAUAAUGGCUCUGGCCCAUGGUCCCCUUCUGUUCAGCCCGACCGGGAAAAUUGGUGUUCCUUCACAAUUUGUGUCGCUUGAACGAGUUCACCUCAGUUACUGCGUGAAUUUGACUCUUAAGGGGAUUACCGCGCUGCUUCACAACUGCCCUCGACUGACACACCUCUCAUUGACCGGUGUUCAAGCAUUCCUCCGGGAAGACUUGACUCGAUUCUGUCGUGAUGCACCCGCCGAGUUCACUCAUCCACAACGAGAUGUAUUCUGUGUCUUUUCCGGAGAAGGCGUUCAACGUCUUCGAGACUAUCUGACGCGUCUGGCUCUGGACGAGGCACAACGUGAAGGUCGUGAAGCCAUUGACGAAAGUCUGCUCGACGGAGUCGAUAGCCCCAGCGCAGAUACCAUGUCCGAUGAUGGCACAAUCGACGGAAACGAUCACCUCAUGGAUCCUGUGUUGAACCCACACCGCCAUGGCCUGUCCUUUGCCGGCACUUCCCGAUCCCGACCUCGCCGUCGAAGCUUGCACGAACUCCCAAGCUACCAUGUCGAAAUGCCUCUAUUGCCGUUUGAUCAGGUUCAACAAGGGGGCCCGUGGACACCAGGGGCACCGUUCACCCACGACGGUCGCGCCGCGCUGGCACCGGCACAUCUCAAUCUCAUGAAUUCGAGCAGUCUAUACCCACAGGAAGGCUAUGAACGCCGAUCUCGAAGUCCAGGAAUACCACCAGGGUUUGAUGUGGCUGGAGAAUAUGGUGAGCGUGCGAGGAGCUCAUCCCGCACUCCAUCUCGCAGACACACUUUGGAAUCGGCAUCCAGUCUCUUUGGCCCUUCUCCAGUUCCGAUGCAUGGGUUUAGCGAGAGCAGUUCCAGACCUCUCGAAUUAGGACAUUACUCCCAUGAUCCCAGAAGCUACUUUGGUGUUGACGAUAUGAGACACUUUCCAGGCUGGUCAAACACGAAUUUGUUGGCGUCAGAGCAUCCAAGAAGACAGAUGCCGGGCCCAGCUCUCAGAAACCCGGGCGAUGUACGGCAUCCCUAUCUCCGACCAGAACCUGGGUUCAGCGCGUUUGAUGCAAAUCACGAGGCAAUAAUGUCCACUAUUCCGGGCAGUCGGUCGGGAAGCCGUCAUCCUUCAAGAUCCAACAGUCCACACAUAUCUCGGGUGGACAGUCGCUCCAGAUUGAGCAAUCUUCUAGCGCCACCACGGAGCUACUCGGCAACUCCACUCAGCCAGGGAGAAGCUGCAGGACGAAGUAGUAGGGCUGGGCGAAGCCGAGAAAGGUCGCGAAUGGAAGAAGAGGCCCAUCGGGAGGCCGUGUUGCGGGCACUGGCCGAAGCCGAUGCGGCACAGCAAUUACGGCCAGACUUACCUCGAACUGACUCAGAUCGGCAAAUUGAAUUGCCUUUUUUACCCCCGGAACUAAUAGAGCGAGUGACAGCAAGUCCAGCUACUCCGGCUAUACCUUCAGCAGACUCGCGCUUUGCCGUUGGCGAGACCGCACCUGCUGAGGAUCCCGAUCACGAUGUCACCAUGACAUAA